GUCCCGACGUCCCUGAAGGCACCACGACUCCCACCGAUUCCAUGGUAACCUGGAGACGCUAUUAGCCUGAAACAUGGCGCCCUGUUUGCUGUUUCAUUAGCUGGGAGGCUGAUAACUGUUAAAACUCCACCUUUUCCGUCAUAAACGACCUUAAAGACGGCGGCGGUUAAAUGGACUUUACUUAAAGACCAAAACAUCGCGUUUACUUUGUGUGUUUUUCCCGUCGGUUCACUCGCGUUAGCCUCUUGUUAGCAUUUGUGCUAGCUGUAGCAUUAGCGGGCUAGCCGGGUGUUUGUGUUUGCUGAUGGCUUUCUACGAGGUUUAUUCCCAUCCGGCCGUGGUUCGGUACCGAACCAGUGUCUGUACUAAAGCUACGGUGUUCCUGCUGGUGGUUCUGGGUCUCACCUACAUCCCUCCGCUGCUGGUCGCCUACAGGAGUCAAGGUUUCUGGGUUAAAAGGAGCACGUAUGAGGAGCAGCCGGUGGUGAAGUUUCAGUACGAGACUCUCCUGAUGGCAGCGACCAGCGUUCAGGGAGACUUUGUGGCCUGGAGCAGCUUCAGCCACCUGAACAACAUGCUGGGAAACAACCUGAGGAUCCCUGCUGUCUCUGUGAGAGAGGUGGACCAGAACCAGGACGGGAAGUUGGACCUCCUGAUCUUUCAGCUGCAGCUUCCUCUGAAGCCUGAUGAGCAGAUUUACAGCAUCCAGCUGCUGCUCACCUUCAGCUACCAGCUCUUCCGGAUGUCCACGGUGGUGAUGCAGAGUUUAGCUUACGUCCAACAUUCAUCUUCUGUUCCUGGAGCCAAGUUGUUCAUCAGCGGAGACCUGAAGCUGCAGCAGAGAACUCCGCUGCCUCACCGAGGACUCUACAACGUUUAUAAUGUUUCAGUCAUCAACGGUUCGAGUCCUUUUGCGAGUUCCUACGACCUCGACAACAUAAUUAGAAGCUACCAGGACAGAAAUUUGUCCACAGUUCUGUCCUGUCCGAUGCCCGUCUGGACCGUCGGUCGAGCUGCUGGUUCUCCCUUCGAGCUGAACGCUGAGAUUCGUUACCCUCUGGAGGUCAUCAGUUAUCGUCCGGGCUUCUGGGAAACCAUCAAGAUGGCCUGGAUUCAGUACGUCAGCGUCCUGCUCGUCUUCCUCUGGGUGUUCGAACGCAUCCAGAGGUUCGUCUUCCAGAACCAGGUUCUGACAACGGUACCGUCUCAGUGGGGAAACCUCACCUGUCCUGAUGCAAAUAUACAGGUUUCUACGCAGAUCCUCGACGAACGAAGCUUCAGCUGUUCUUCUGCUGUUUCUACUGUUUUCUACUGAGGGAAACAUUCAGAUACAAAUACAAACGGAUUUACUGUGUUUUUGCCAUUUGUAUGUUUACGACAGUGAUUGCAGUGAUUUUGUACUGUACAUAGCUGUAGGCUGACGAAUAAUAAACACUUUGUACACUUUCA